AUGACCUCCUCCACGCUCGUCCUCACGGUCCCCGGCAGCGCUGGAGAGCACGACGUCCGCUCACUCGUCCUGGCGUACGGCGCUGUGCAGCUCUUACGCGAGUCGCCAACCACCUUUCACGCAAUGUUCGAGACUUGCGAGUUGGCGCAGGCCUUCUUCGAGGGCGAGAGCGACCUCUCGAUCGCGGGCGAGGCCGUUGCGCUGCCGCCCGACUGGCCGCCCCUCGCGGCGGGCGAUCCGCUCGCGACGCUGCCGCUGCCCGCCGCCUUUGAGGCGCUGCAGUUCCCCUUUGAGCUGGACCCGUUCCAGAAGAAGGCGCUCGCGGCAGUCGACCGCGGCGAGUCGGUGCUCGUCGCGGCGCACACCUCGGCCGGCAAGACUGUCGUCGCGCAGUACGCCGUCGCCACCUCGCUGCGCGGCAAGCAGCGGGUCGUCUACAC